AUUGGGCUUCUAAUGGUCCAUUACGCUGCGUUUUAAUUAAAAAAAACUAUAAUAAAAGCAUCACAAGCCCUGUUGCCAAAACCCUAAUUUCUCUUCUGUCAGGCCAGAAGAUCUUUGCUGCUCAGGCUCGUCUAGUGGUUAUGGCUCCCAAAAAGCCAAAUACUGGUCUCUUUGUAGGGUUAAAUAAAGGUCAUAUUGUGACCAAGAAAGAGUUGCCUCCACGCCCAUCUGAUCGUAAAGGGAAAGCAAGCAAAAGGGUACACUUUGUGAGGAAUGUAAUUAGAGAAGUUGCUGGUUUUGCACCAUAUGAGAAGAGGAUCACUGAGCUUCUGAAAGUUGGGAAGGACAAGCGAGCUCUGAAGGUUGCCAAAAGAAAGUUGGGCACCCACAAGAGGGCAAAGAAGAAGCGUGAGGAGAUGUCUAGUGUUCUCCGCAAGAUGAGGGCCACUGGUGGUGGAGACAAGAAGAAGUGAGCCUGACUUUUGAUUUCAUAGUUAUAAGAGUUCGUUUAGCUUAAUUAAGAACUUUGUUUGAAUUUAAGAUGAGAUAUUGGAAGAGCAAUGGCAUGAUGCCUUUAAAACGUUUAUUCUGCCCUUUUUUUAAUUUUAUGUACGGAGAAUUAUUUAGUUAUUUGUUUUCAAUUAUGUUGGCGCUUCAUCGUA